AUGUUAGAACUAUUCUGCCUGCAUCACAGAGAACUGUGUUGUGUUCUUUGUAUUCCAACUCUCCACAAUGGCUGUAAAUCUAUCCGGUCUCUCGACGAUAUCGCGAAGCGUGUAGAAAAAUACAAGGAAGAAACAUCAUUUGUGCCUGAAUUCGAGAGCAUGAAAACGGAAAUAUCUGUUAUUUUCAAACAACAGGAUCUACAUGCCGGCAAUGUUGACAAGGAAUACGCAGAUACAUUGAAAAACGUGGACAUGUUAAUUACAGAAGCAAAGAAUAAACUAGAUCAGAUGCAUGACUGUUUUCAGUCCACUUUAAAAGCUCGACGGAACAACAGAAAACUCGCCCUGUCUAAAGUUCAAAACGAAACACAAAUGUUACAAGUCAACCUUGAAAACUGUGUCGCUAUCAUGUCGGCAAUUACAAGUCAGGCAUCUUCUAGGGAGACGUUCGUUAUUCAAGAACAGCUUAAGACACAAUUAACUUCCCAUGUACAGGAAGUGAAGACUUCGAUACGGGAUUAUAGAGAAACACAAUUACAGCUAGAAAUUGAAGAUUCAGUAUCAAAGGUCGUCAACUCAAUCUCUUCUGUAGGAUACAUCACGGAAGAAGAAACUCAAUCCGUACCCAUACAGAAUUCCUGGACUCGGUUAGAGGAAAAUAUAGACAUCUUAAGACAGAAACCCGAGGUGUCUUUGAUGGAGGAUUCCGUGUCCACAUCUGAUAUGGUAGGAUCCCUGGUCAUAGCAAGUCCUGCCGACCAGAUGACAAUUACGACCAGAUUAGUGAAGAGUGUAACCAAUGAGACUUUGAGGCAGAAUUCAGGGUUUCCCGGAGGGAGCGUACCUUCCAGAUGGCCGUCUUAUGAUGGCUGA